AUGGCCGCAGAGGAAAAGUCCAUCGGCCUUUCAUCUCGCGUUGAUAACGGCCUCGACGUGGACAGGUUAAAAAAUGUGGAUCCCACGAUAGAGAAGCAUGCACACGACGCCGAUGAGGCUCUGAAUGUCUUGGGCGAUCUUCAGGGUGAAACUAUCGAGCUAGAUGAGGCCACUAAUCGCCGCUUGUUAAGGAUCAUCGAUUGGCAUAUGAUGCCUAUCAUGUGUUUUAUCUAUGGCAUGAAUUAUCUAGACAAAACCACUCUCUCCUAUGCAAGUGUCAUGGGUCUGAAGCAGGAUCUAGAUCUUGAGGGAGACCAGUAUCAGUGGCUCGGGAGUUUGUUCUACUUUGGAUAUCUUGCAUGGGAAUACCCUACCAACCGCCUCCUUCAGCGUCUCCCAUUAGGAAAAUACUCUGCAGCCUGCAUCUUGAUCUGGGGACUGAUCCUCAGCUGUUUCGCCGCGGUGAAAACCUACUCCGGUGCAAUCGCUAUCCGCUUUAUGCUCGGUGUAUUUGAAGCCGCUGUGACGCCGGGCUUUGCACUCUUAACCUCUCAGUGGUACACAAAACAAGAACAAGGCAGCCGUGUCAACAUCUGGUUCAGCUUCAACGGCGUGGGCCAGGUCUUCGGUGGAGUAGUCGCGUACGGCAUCGCUGUCGGUGCCGAGAGACAUGGGUCCUCCGUCGAUCCCUGGAAGAUCAUUUUCCUCGUCACUGGCCUCCUCACCAUCUGCCUGGGACUGGUUUUCCUUUGGAUUGUGCCCGACAACCAACUCAAUGCACACUGGUUAACCAAAGAAGAUCGUAUCUUGGCCGUUGCCCGUGUGCGGGUCAACCAACAAGGCAUUGGCAAUAAGCAUUUUAAGCUCUAUCAGGUCCAGGAAGCGCUUUGGGAUCCGAUGACAUGGGCUUUCUUCUUUUAUGCCUUGAUUGCUGACAUUCCGAACGGGGGUAUCUCCAACUUCUUCAGUCAGAUGAUUACAAGCUUCGGCUACAACGCGAAAGAGAGUUUAAUCCUCGGUGUCCCCGGCGGGGCAGUGGAAAUCGUUGCUCUGCUGCUCAACGGCUAUGUCGGACAUAUCACCGGGCAGCGCAUCCUUGCCAGUUUGGGUGGGCUAGUGGCUGCAAUCGUGGGAAUGCUGCUCAUUGUCGCCCUGCCCUUGUCGAACCAUGUCGGUCGUUUGAUCGGUUAUUACCUCACACAAGCCAGCCCGACCCCUUUCGUGGCAUUGCUGUCACUGAUUUCUUCCAAUGUUGCGGGAUAUACCAAGAAAACGACGGUGGCAGCUUUAUAUUUGAUUGGAUAUUGUAUUGGAAAUAUUAUCGGCCCACAAACCUUCCGUCCGAAGGAUGCCCCCCGCUAUGUCCCCGCCGAGGUGACUAUCAUCGUCUGCUGGGGCGUUUGUCUAUUCCUAUUGGUCGGGGUCUGGAUGUGGUAUCGCCGAGAGAAUCGGAGGAAGAUCCGUUUCACUGCCCAAUCGGAGUUCCUUGAUUUAACCGAUCGGGAGAAUCCCGAGUUCCUUUAUUCUCUUUAA